AUGGCAGCCAGGCGUUCCGCCACUCGGAUUGACUCUGCAGGCAUUCUGAACGCCUGGGCUGCUGCAGGCGUGGAAAGCGGUGCCGCAGGCAUUGGAAGCGGUGCUGCAGGCAUUGAAAGCGGUGCUGCGGGUGCUACAGGCGCAACAGGUGCUACAGGCACCACAGAUGUCUGUGCAGAAGCAGGGAUUGGUGCAGGCAAACCCUCUGCUACAGCCGUAGCUGCAGUAGCUGAAGGCAAUUCCUCUGCUACAGACGUAGCUGCAGCAGCUGAAGGCAAUUCCUCUGCUACAGCCGUAGCUGCAGCAGCUGAAGGCAUUUCCUCUGCUACAGCCGUAGCUGCAGCAGCUGAAGGCACUUUCUCUGCUACAGCUCUAUUCACUUCCUGCGGAGUCAAAAGAAAAGGUCCGACCACCACCGUCAUCACUUCUACCACCACCACCAUCACCAUCACUAUCACUACCACCAUCACUACCACCAUCAUCAUCACCAUCACCAUGGCCAUCACCAUCACCAUCACCAUCAUCAUCACCAUCACCAUCACCAUCACCAUCACCAUCACCAUCACCAUCACCACCACCAUCACCACCAUUAUCACCAGCACUAGCACCACUACCAUCACCACCACCACCACCAUCACCAUCACCACCACCACCACCAUCACCAUCACCACCACCACCACUAUUGCCUCUGCUUCUGCUCCCGGCCCUACUGCUGCCAUCAUUAGCCUUCCCCUUCCUCCGGACUAUUCUCCAAGUCAAUCCCUCUCCGCUCCUGCCCACUCUGCUUCCCCCUCUCUCCUGCCAGACCCUUCCCCCGUCCGCCAGAUGAUUCCGGGCGUCUCGAGGCCUCCGCCCCGCCCUCACAAGGUUCCGCGCCUUCCGGCUGAUCCCCGCGCACUGGGCGCUCCGCGCGCACACGAGCUUCCGUCUGCCCUGACGUUUCUGCGCGCCCGCAUCCGCCCGCGCGCCCAGGCGCUUCCGCGUCCACGGAUGCUUGCGCGCGUUGAGCGCGCUCUUGUAGGACACGCUAGGCAGGCGGCGGCAUUCUUCCCGCGUGAGCUGCUGCAAAUCCUCGUCGCUCAAAUCCGCCAGUCUCCGCCGUCCGCUGCCGCCGCCCUGCACCGCGCCACCCCUCCGCUCUGCCCCCCCGCUUCCCUCAGCUCCUGCGCUCCGCUCCGGUCCCCCGUUCCCCUCACCUCCUCCGCCCCCGUCACCACCUCUGCUUCCCUCACCUCCUCCGCUCCGCUCAGCCCCUCCGCUCCGGCUUCGAAUUCCACCGCUCUCUAUCGUUUCCCGCUGGCGCUUCCUACUCUCUCCCCGUGA